CUGAUACCGAAAGAGAGUAACGAGGAGCACAAUCAGCAGUUUCGCAAAUAUUUUCGACAAUUUGCGGAAGUUGCUUUAAGAAAAGAUUUAUCAGUGGAAGUACCCGUAGCAGCAGAACAUCGAAUGCGGCGAAUAACAAAAGCUCAGAAAAAAGCGAUGGUGACGUUUUCUUUUCAAAUGACUGUUGCUGUCUUCGUGCAGACAACACUGCGGAAAGGAGUUCGCGGUCUGAUCGAAGAGUUUCGUUCCAUGAAGAGGACUAAUGAUCUCACUAAAAUGACCGAAUUUGUUGCUCAAAAUCCUGAAGGGAGAAACAGAUAUAAGGAUGUUGGAUGCUUAGACAAUCGUCGUGUGGUUCUAAAUAUUGGCAAAGUUUCCUAUAUCCAUGCCAACUAUGUCUCAACACCGAAUCAUCCAAAACGGUUUAUAUGCACGCAGGUAGCUAAGAACUCUACACCACAAGCUCCACAAGCUCCUUUACCUAAAACCUGCCCUGAAUUUUGGUAUAUGGUCGUACAGGAGAAGAGUGAAGCCAUCCUUAUGCUGUGCAAUUUUAUUGAACAGAACGUCAGCAAAUGCGCAGAAUAUUUUCCAAAAAAUGUUGAUGGAACAUUGGAGUUUGACGAUGGUGUGCGAGUGACUUGCAAGAAAAUAGACUACUUCCCAUUCUCUAUAAAGACCAAGGUGCAAAUAAGAAUGACAGUACUCGAUGUUAAAGUUCCCGGACAAGUGUUGCAUACAUGCACUCACUAUCAUUGGUUAGAUUGGCCGGAUCGUGGCGUUCCAGAGGCCGACCUUGCUCCUAUUGCUCUACUGUCAAAACUCAAGAGCUGCAAUGGACCAAUUAUCGUACACUGCUCUGCUGGUAUUGGACGAACAGGCUCUAUAGUAUUGAUCCAACAUGCUAUGGAACUGCUCCACCGGCCAGAGCCUUUACUGGAAAUGCGCGGAUAUCUGUUAGACCUACGCAAAGAACGAAAUAACAGUGUUCAGACAGAGCAUCAAUACCUCUACGUACAUCAAGUAUUACUAGUAUAUUUGAAAUGCACAAGAUACUUGGAUGAGAGCACAUAUCCCUACUUGGACCAGUUCACUAAAGAUUAUGAAAACGCUACCAGAGGAUUUUAAAG